UAUUUGCUGGAGAUAAUUGUGUGGAGAUAAUCCAUGCACACAGCUCAAGUUUAAAACAGGUCAAGGUGCAGACUGCAGAAGUCAUGAGAACUGGCUCUAAGAAAACAUUGUGGCUUUAACACCUACAGAACACUUGCGGCAUGAGAUUCUGCUUAUGUAUUUUGGUCAGGUAAGUUCUUGCUGCAAGUGGAAUAACAUUUAGUGUGGACUCUAAAAAUCUACAGAUACCACAGAGAAGAAUUCAAGAAUUCAGCCGAAUUCAGCUGAAAGGUCUGUAAUAGCUCAACUUAAUGUUAAAACAGGGAUCUGACUGCUUAUAUGUUACAGAAAAAAUCUAUUUGUUAAUUUCCAUUCCAAAAUGACAGUAUUUAAUAUUAACAAAUACAGAGCGUUAUAGAAGUAUCUAUUUUCAAUUGUAUUUUAUUUAAUUUUGGGGUGCAGUGAUAUUAUGUAUGAAAACAAAGUUAAUAAUUUCUACUUCGAAUAUUUGUCUUGAAGAGGUAACUUUUACAGGAAGUGUUUUUUCUCCCCGAAACUAAAGCUGGAUACUGGAGUACCUACAGGCUACAUCAGCAAUGGGAGUAUUCUUAACUGCUCUGACAGUUCUCCUUGUUUUGCCACUGAAGCGUUUGGAAGCAGUAGAGUUGAAAGAAGUCAGACUUGGAGAGACAGUGGCUCUGAUGUGCAACCUGUCUCUCUACUCUGAGACCCACUGGCUGAGGAUGAGUGAGGGCCGGCUGAUGGCUCUGAUGGUCACAAGUCUGAAAAACACGGGAGAACUGUCUGUUGUCUGGAAUUACAAUGAAACUCAUUUUGAGGGCUUUAUGGAGAAGCAGAUGACUGGACUGAAAAUUCUCCACAUCUCCACCUGCGAUCUCGCCACAUACUAUUGUUCAACGUCAUAUCAAAAACGCUUGGAUUUUGAUAAAGGAGUGCAACUAUAUAGUAAGUGUGACAUUUCAUUUCUUAUUUUAUAUAUAUAUAUAUGUGUGUGUGUGUGUGUGUGUGUGUGCGCAUUAUUUUUUAUACCCAAAUACAUAUCCCUGUUGUUUGAAUCCAAUAUAAACAAGUGGUUGUCUGCAUGUCUUAAUGGACCCUCUCUUCAUUACCAAGUUUUUGCAGCAGUGCUGAGUUUUGGCCUUCUUGGAAUGCUGCUUGCUGUUUCUGUGGUGCAUAUGAAGACCAGGACAAAAAAUGUCAAAAAUGAUGAGAAGUAAGGGAGCCAAAAAAUUAGCAUUUGCAAUUUUCAAAUCCAGGAUUGCUUUCAAUUAAUAGGCUUACUCAGUGUUUUAUGUGCUACAAAUAA